UGAACGGCCUGGUGAGUGCGACAGAGGGCCGUUGCUGCGAGUGCGAGGUCUCUGUCCCUUCUGGUCAUGGAUCCCGUCGGAUGAACGAGAAGGUCCAGAUUCCGGGUGUUGGCGUAUGCCCCCCGACCGGUCGACGAAUAAUGGGCCGAAGAGUGCGGCAAGAGACGGGUGCAGCAGCUGCUGGCGAAGUGACUUGGGGUGGACCUGUUAAUGGAGCUGGGAUAGUAUUACGCACUGAAAACGCUCCUGCUGGCAAUAUCCGCAGUAUCUUUCUGAUUUAUCCGAUCUUUUUCUCAGUCAUCAGCAAGAAAAAAGUGAUACUGCAGAAGCCUCCUGAUGACAUUUAUGUGAUAGUGAAUAACAAUGAAAUUGACACCUGUGGAAUAUGGGCACCGUGGCAGCAUCUUACAUGGGUGAGAGAGAGAUGAAGGGAUCAUGUGGCCUUAUUUCUCCAAGACCCAUAUUUUGUGCUUCAUUCUGGCACUGCUGACUAUUUUUGUAGUAGUCCAUAACUUUUAUCAAUUAGAGAAUCUCAAUACCACAGGUUUAAAGUGGUUGGUAGAAGAGAAUGAAUCACAAUCCUCAUUGCAUACAACUAAAACACGCAGAAAGCUGUACUGUGGUUAUGAGCAUCAGGUUUUGUCCAAGAUUGAACAUGAGGAAGAAGAAGCCUUAUUUGCUGCUCUACAGUGGCCCAAACCGCCUGAGGACAAAGUCCCCUUUGUGAGGAGUACUGACCCUUUCCAUAGCUACUUUGUGAUACUAAAUCAUCAUGCAAAUUUCAGAGUUGGUGAUCAGCUGGAGUUGCUUGUCCACAUGAAGGAUUAUAAUGGAAACCCAAAGCAAUAUGGUGGAGAUUACCUUCAGUCAAGAAUUCAUUCUGCUCAUCUGAAAGCAGGAGCCAUUGGAAGAACUGUAGAUUAUCAGAAUGGGUCUUACAGAAUCUUUUUCACUUUACUUUGGCCAGGGGAGGUCACAGUAUCUGUGUCCUUGGUUCAUCCUAGUGAAGGAAUCCAACUCCUUCAACGUUUACGAGAAGAAAAACCAGACAGGGCCUAUUUUAAAAGCUUAUUCAAAUCAGGAAGGAUUUCAGAAGUUACUAUAUGCAAUGUGUGUUUGCCUGGAGACAUGCCAGUCUGUAACUUUACAGAUAGCUAUACUGGAGAACCAUGGUUUUGUUACAAGCCAAGAAAACUCUCCUGUGCUACCAGGAUCAACCAUUUUAAAGGGGGAUAUGAAAAGGGGCUUUUAACUUCAGAAGAAAGUAAUUUUUUCCAAAGUGGUGUGAAUAUUAAAAUGCCAAUACCUUCCAGUGGGCCUGAUACUGUGAUCGUAAGACCUUUGGGGCAUCCAGAAACGGACAGUCUAGAAAGAUCUCAUAGCCCUGAUGUAUUUCCUUCUGGUUAUUAUUACCAAGAUGAAUGGCAACAAAGGACCCAGCUGAUUCGGCAUUUUAAUAAGUCAUCAGAUAUUAUUGAAUGUUUACAGGGAAAACGUAUUCACUUUUUUGGAGAUUCUACAAUCAGACAGUGGUUUGAAUAUCUGACAGCAUUUGUUCCAGAUCUUGUGGAAUUAAACCUUGGACGUCCUAAAAAAGUUGGCCCUCUCAUGGCUGUAGACUCAAAGCAUAACAUCUUAUUAAAUUUCCGUUGCCAUGGCCCUCCCAUUCGCUUUUACACAGUUUUUAGCAGUGAACUGCAUUAUAUUGCCAAUGAACUGAAUCGUAUUGCCGGUGGGAAGAACACUGUGAUAGCCAUAACUAUUUGGUCUCACCUUAGCACUUUUCCUAUAGAAGUGUACAUCAGGAGAUUGAGAAAUAUUCGCAGGGCAGUUGUUCGGCUGUUAGAUCGGAGCCCAAAAACUCAUAUAGUCAUCAAAACUGCCAAUGUUCAAGAGCUUGGCCCAGAAGUUAGCCUUUUCAACAGUGACUGGUAUUCCUAUCAGCUUGACACAAUAAUGAGGAAGAUGUUCUCAGGAAUUGAGGUGUAUUUUGUGGAUGCUUGGGAGAUGUCAUUGGCUCACCAUUUGCCACAUAAAUUACAUCCAGAAGAUGUUAUUGUCAAAAAUCAGUUAGAUGCUUUAUUGUCUUUUGUAUGCCCACUGGAAACACGUUAUAGUUUCUUAACUGGAAUACAUAAUCAAAUGUGGUCUCUGUUUGUGUAAUUCAGUGUUCUGCACUAGUUGAUGAAUUAUUGCUGAUUUGAGGUGCUCAUAAUUUGCAUCAGUUCUGACCAGCUUGCAUAAAGCAUGCACAUUGAUAUUUACUGGAGGCAGGGAGAUUUUUGUAUGUGUGUUACGUUUCCACACACACAGAACCCUAACUUUUUACAAUGCAUGUAUUGGUGUAUACAGGUUCUACCUACUUCUCUCAUUUCUGCAAAGUAUUUUUUUUACUAGGGUUAAGCACACUUCAGAUAUUAUUCGGAAAAAGUGCUUUGGAACUUGUGUGAGCGCAGAGCCUCAUCGCUGUUCAUUAAAACAGCCAUGUGUGCCAUGCCUGAAGAAAGGAUAUAGCAGUGUUAAUGAAUCACCUCCAAAAUAGAAGGCGAUAUUCUUCUGUUUUUCUAGUUGGCCUCAGCUUCUUGUGUGCUUAGUGAAGAGCCAGAGCUAGAACAUGAACAUAAAUAAUGGCCAUUCUUCUAAAGUUAUUUGGAAGAGUUUUGGUAAGGACAGAUACAAUUAAUGCAGACUUUAAUGUGAUGAUUGUUCUUCUCUAGUAUGCUUGAAUCAGGAUUUCUGCCCUCAUAAAUAAAGAAGAGUGGUGGUAGCUUUGUAAACUACCCUUUCAAAAGGCUUAAAAGAUACGUAUUUCUUAAGAAGGAAAUCUGUGGAUAGCUCUAAUCCUUGGAACGUACCCAAAAUGUUAGGGGCAUUAACCAAGUUAAUGGUAGGCAGUGCCCUCCUGGAUCAGAUCCCAGGCCCAUCUGAUAUAGCAGUCUGUUCUCACAGUGGCCAACCAACUGCAUGGGGAAGCCCACUAGCUUCCCAGAAAAUGGGCUUCAGAGGCAGUCACACUGCCAUCAAGGCUAAUAGCCAUUGAUCCCCAUGACUUCCAUUAAUUCAGUGUUUCUCAAAGUGUGGUCCAAAGACCCCUGGGGUCCCCCAAGACCCUUUCAGGGUCUGCAAAAUCAAAAUUACUUGCCAACCUAUGUUGAAAAAUAAUAUAGGUAGUCGUCAUUUAGCAACCACAACUGGGACUGGCAGCUUGGUUGUUAAGUGAAGCAGUUGAUAAGUGAAACUGACUGCUUAUGAUCUUAAAAAGAUCGUAAAUGCAAGGAUUGGUUACAAAGUUACUUUUUCAUCACUGUCGUAACUGCAAAUGGUCCCUGUACGAGGCAGUCGCUAAAGGAGGACUACCUGUACUAAAAUCCCAUCAAACAAUUAUGAGAAACGGUAGUGGCAGCAAAUGCAUCAACUUUAAUUUUUAAUACAGUAAAUAUUGAUACAUAUAACAUACAAAUAAAAGCUCUUUUGGGCAACUCCAUACUUUUUAAAAGCAGGAAGAGGUCCUGAGAGAAAAACGUUUAAGAAACACUGCAUUAAUUUGUCCAAUACUUUUACCUUUAAAGUUACCUUUAAGCCUUUGCAUAAGCUGUCACACGCUUCUUCCUUGGCAGGGUGGGAAUUAGUGACCAUCAUUUUUGUGUAAGGUUUCAGAAGUAGGAGCCUUAUCAGUCAAAAAGAAUCAUAUUUCGCCCAUGUUAUGUUGAACCUAUUUUCAUGCCAAAAAAUUAAUAAGGCUUUCACAAAGGCUAGGAAUUAAUACUGCCUAAUUUUUGUUCUGUCCACAACAACAUCUAGAUAAAAAGAAGUGGCAAAGAAUUAAAUAUUCAUUACCUUAAAUACUCUAAAAAAUUCCAGAUAGCAAAUUCAUGAUUGUUCCUUUUCAAGUCAGAUUGGGUGCUAAAAAGAUCCUCAUAAAUCAGACUACAGCUUGCAUAUUGCAGUGUUACAAGGUCUUAACUUCCAUGCCUGAAUCUGUCACAUCCUAUGCUAUGGCCUCGUACCUUUACUGCCUUCAAUACUACCAUCUAGUGGUUGAUUUCUCUUAAGCUGUCACAUGGAAAUCAGUUUCAGCUUUAGCAUGGCAUACAAGCUAGAAACAAUUCUUCAGCUCCUUAAAAAAGCAGAUACCCCAGAGCAUACUAUCUUCAUAGGAUGGACUUCACCUGACAUAGGAUUGUUUUUCUAUAUUCCAUAAUAAUUUUAAUAAGCAGGGUAUUAAGACUAAGAUAAAUUGCAUUUAUGUAGCUGAGAGAGGAUAUUUUCUCCUGUCUUGUGAAAGCUAUGCUUGUUGCUUGUCCUUCAUCCUCUGUGGAAAAGCCAUUUUUCAUGGUAAUUCUUGAAGUUCUGCAGGUUAUGGUAAUGCACAGGAACAUCACUUCUCCUACAUCAGGUAAGAACCAGACUCUUUCCUAUCUCCCCCCCAAGAUUAGAACCAGGUUUGAGCAUGAUGUUCCUUCCUGUUUUGGUGGCCAUGUGUGUCUGCAUGAAGAAUACCCAUGUUAAAAAUAAAGUAACAUUUUAAAAUGCCAUUGUAGGCUUCCUCAUCAGUUGCUACUUUGCAAAAUGGAGGUCUAUACUCAUUAAACUGCUACUUGAGUAUUGAAGGUUUAUAAGCUUUGUAUUGCAUGAUAACACUUUUAAAGACAUACUUCUCAGUGGUAAGUGUCUGCUAUGUUUGAUGGAUCAUAUGGAAACAUUUAAUAUUUUAACACUAUUAACCAGAAAAUCUAAACCAUGAGUUUCUAAUCAUUGUGAUUAUUGCUGUUCACAUGCAGAAGUCUACUUAAAUCUCCUGUGAACAAUGGCUUUUAUGAGCUAACAGCUACUUAGCUAUCUGACAACCUUAUAGCAACCAUUAAUGGCACUGUUGUGUAAAUAUUUUAUCAGUUAAAAAUGUACAUUAUUUUUAAUUUCAUUAGUUAUUAAAUAAAUAUUUCAUUUUUAUUUUACCCUUC